UUCCGCCGCCAUCCCGGCCACCGGCAGGUGCCACUUCCCGCUCGGGCACCGGCCGGGGAAUGGACCGGAGCGCGCAGAAUCGGGGCUGAAGUGACGCCCUGGCCCCCUCUGCCGCAGGACGCGGUGGCACCUGCGAGCUGCGAGAGGGAAAGUUACGGGACUCUGCAGAGGAAGCGGCAUCACAGCCCACCACCGCACUCCCUCCCCCGCUUCCUGAUCAUCACGUGACCGCAAGGAAGGGGUACCCGUCUCCCGGGGAGAGCCUGCAGCCCCAUGCGGAGCCCGUCAGGGGCACGUGUCUCUCCAAAGUGACUUGAUUCAGCCGAGCUUCACUGAACACGUGCUGCGUGCCCGCCACCGACGCCGGCACUGGGCCCGGCAGUGAACCAGGCCACCGCGGCCCUCGGCGUGGAAAGAACAGUCUCUCCCACACGCUCCUUGCCCUUCGCCCCCGUGGGGACGGGCCAGUUCCUCCCCGGCGCCCUCAGCUCCGGCCUGUCUGAGCCUCUGCAGCAGGUGCCUUAGGACCUCCCGAUGGGGUGGCUUGGCUCUGGGCUCACGUUCCCUGUGAGCUGCCUGAUCCUGGUGUGGGCAGCAGGCUCUGGGAGUGUUCAGGUCCGGGAUGGGCCCACCUGCUUCUCCGACUACCUCAGCACCUCCACCUGUGAGUGGAGGAUGGGCGGCCCCACCGACUGCAGCGCCGAGCUCCGCCUCACCUACCAGCUGGAUUUUCCGAACUCGGAAAACCACACGUGUGUCCCUGUGAAUGGAGAGAGCGCUGUGUGCCUGUGCGACAUGCUGAUGGACAUCAUAGUCAGUGGGGACACCUACCAGCUGGACCUGUGGGCUGGGAAGCAGUGGCUGUGGAGUGGCUCCUUCAGGCCCAGCGAGCAUGUGAAACCCAGGGCCCCCGGAAACCUCACGGUUAACGCCACCGACUCCCACACGUGGCAGCUGUCCUGGAGCGACCCGUACCCUCCUGAGAGUAUCCUGCACUCUGAACUCUUCUACCUGGUCAACAUUUCAAAUGAAGAUGACCCCACGGAGUUCCUAGUCAGUAAUGUGACCUACAGGGAGCACACCCUCCACAUCCCAGCCAGCACCCUGAAGCCCGGGGCCCUCUACAGCGCGCGGGUGCGGGCCUGGGCUCCGAGCUACAACAGCCUGUGGAGCGAGUGGAGCCCCCGCGUCCAGUGGCUUAACGACUACGAGUGGCCCUGGGAGCAGCACCUCCCACUUGCCGUCGGCAUCUCCUGCAUCAUCAUCAUGGUCGUCUGCCUGUCCUGCUACUUCAGCAUCCUCAAGAUUAAGAAGGAAUGGUGGGACCACAUCCCCAGCCCGGCCCACAGCUCCCUCGUGGCUCUUGUCAUCCAGGAGCCUCAGGUGCCACUGCGGGGGAAGAGGUCCGGGGGCCAGGAACCAGCCAAGUGCCCAUACUGGAAGACGUGUCUGACGAAGCUCCUGCCCUGCUUACUGGAGCCUGGCGUGGAAAGGGGUGACGGUUCCUCCCAGGCGGCCAGGAGCGGGCCUGUCCAGGGCCCUGGGAAACCAGCGUGGCGCCCCGUGGAGGUCAGCAGCAUGGUCCUCUGGCCGGAGAGCAUCAGCGUGGUGAAGUGCGUGGAGCUGCUCGAGGCCCCGGUGCAGAGUGAGGAAGAGGAGCCGGUGGAGGAAGAUGGAGGGAGCUUCUGCCCCUCGCCUGAGAGCAGCGGGGGCAGCUUCCAGGAGGGCAGGGCGGGCAUCGCGGCCCGGCUGACGGAGAGCCUGCUCCUGGACCUCCUCGGGGGCGCGGAGGGGGGCUUUUGCCCGCCAGGCUCAGGGGAGCCCUGCCUUCUUCCUCCGUCAGCAGGUGUGAGUGCUCAGAUGCCUUGGGCUGAGUUACCAGGUGAGGCGCCUCAGGAGGCCUCACUUCGGGGCAGUGGGCAGCCUUCUGACCCAGAGCCGCCCCCAGCCACUCGGACGCAGAGCCCAGCCUGCCCGGCUGUCGCAGAGCUGCCCGCGGCCACCAUCACCGACAACCCCGCGUACCGCAGCUUCAGCAGCUUGCUGUGCCCGCCCUCGGAUCCAGGAGAGCUGGACUCAGACCCGCAGCUGGCCGAACACCAGGAGGACGGGGACCUCAAUGUCCUCUAUGCUCCCCAGGCCUCUGAGCCACCCGUUGCGCUCCAGCCUGAGCCAGAAACCUGGGAGCAGGGCCUCCGGUGGAGCGUCCUCCAGCACAGGGCGGCCGCCCCCGCCUCGGCCCCCGGGGGCUACCGGCAGUUCGCGCAGGCGGUGAGGCAGGGCUGCGCCCAGGGCAGCGAGGCGGGUGGCCCAUCCGGAGAAGCCGGGUACAAGGCCCUCUCCAGCCUGCUGGCCAGCGGUGCUGUGUGCCCAACGCCACCUGGGGUGGAGGCCAGCAGUGGGGAGGGGGGCUACAGGCCCUUCCAGGGCCUCACUCCUGGCAGCCCUGGGGUGCCUACCCCUGUCCCCCUAUUCACCUUUGGGCUGGACAUGGGGCCACCUCCCAGCCCUCAGAACUCGCUCCUCCCCAGCGGCUCCCCAGAGUGCCCGGGUCUGGAGCCAGUGGCACCGGGAGAGGACAGCCAGAAGCGCCCGCUCGCCCUGGAGCAGGCCAUGGCCCCCCUCGGGGACGACCUGGGCAGUGGCAUCGUCUACUCGGCCCUCACCUGCCACCUGUGCGGCCACCUGAAGCAGUGUCAUGGCCAGGAGGAGCGAGGCGAGGCCCACGGCGUGGCCCCCCGCUGCUGUGGCUGUCGCUGUGGAGGCAGCUCCGAGCCCCUGGGGAGCCCCCUGCCAGGCGGGGUUCUGCUGGAGGCCAGCCUCCCUCCGGCCUCCCUGGCACCCUUGGGUGUCUCGGAGAAGGGCAAGGACCCCCUGUUUUUCCAGCCGGGCCCCAGCCAUGCUCAGAGCUCAAGCCAGACCCCCCAAAUGGUGGCCAUGCUCUCCACGGGGCCCACAGGCAUGAGUGCGUCCUAGGUGUGCGCCCCGUUGCUGUGUGCGCCUCGGCCCUGCCUGUAAAACACCCCCACCCCCACCGCGGAGGGCACCCAGGCUGCCGUGGCCGAGACUCGGAGAAGCCCUUAUGAAGUGGGGUUGUCAGACCCCGGGCCACAGAGGCUGGACCCUGUCCUCAACACUGACGGAGGGAGGUGUGGGCCGCGGGCCAGGAGGUGCGGGAGUGGGGAGCCACCUGCAGGGCCCCGGAGGCUCCAGGCACCUGGGUUUGUGAGCGAGCUGUUGGCCUCUUGAUCAGUCCACGCUUCUCCGCACACUGCCCCUGUCACGCCGCCCAAGGCCUGCUUGUCCACCAGGUCACUCGGUUGCUUACGUCUUGCCUGGCCCCCGGACUAGCUGCUGCCAUGUCACUGGACUGGACGCUGAGCCUAGGAACUAACGAAGCAGCGGGAACGCAUUGGGAGCUUUGGGGGACGGAUGGGAAAUCCGGGUCCCGGAGGCGUGGUCAUCAGCCCAGAGGUGCCAUCCAUUCAACAGCCCCAUUAGGUGGACAGGAGCAGGAUCUGGGCUGUGGAGGGCGCUUAGUCAAGCGGGGGUACCAGAAGCACACGAAAAACGGUGAUUACCACGCAGUGACAGUUUGCUGGGGGCCCUGGUAGGCGUGGGGUCCCCAGAAUAAACACACCCAGCUACCUUGGGCCGGUCUGUGCCUCGCAGACACCGUGGCUGGCAGCCACAGAGACCAGAGGGAGAGCUGCGCCCUGAGAUCCGGCUGAGCGGGGCGUUCCAGACGCCGACACCAGGCACCUUUCGCCUGCACGCUGGCCCGGACCGCACGCCGAGUAAUGUGUGUGUGUGUGUGUGUGUGUGUGUGUGCGUCCCAAAGAUUGUUGAAACCUAAUAUUUGUAUUUGCUGAGGAGGCUGGAACGGAAGGGGGUGGAAAUUUAUAUAAGUAAAGGUUCUUUAUCUCUUUUUUUUUACUUAUGAAACAAGCCUACUGCCAUUGUGAGUACUUUAUUAACUCAUUGACUCCACAAAGGGAGUCAGUGCAAUGAGUUGAUUUAGAGGGGAUCCCAGGAAGCCCUGCUUGGGGAGCGGGCAGUGAGGCAGGGAAGGCAGGAGGCAGCAGAGGUGUGUUAUCAAACAGCGCCAGCGCCGGCAACUGCUGCCUGAUCCUGCCAGCAGCUUUGGGAAGCCAUGCACCGUGUAUGCCUAGAGGAGUCCCUGCAAAGUGGGGGUGGAGGGCUCUGGUGUUCGUCCACCCACUCCCCUCUGCCACUGGCAGCAGCUGGCACGCUUGGCCAAGGUACACAGCCAGUUGGUAGCGGGCCCAUAGCUGACCCCAGGCUCUCUAGGUGAUUGUCCUGGACAUCCAGUAGGUGGUGUGAUGGAGGAGGCCUCAGACGGGCAGGCAGGGGAUCGUAAGCUCCUAGGUCUGUGUUACUCUGUGUCUUUUUCAAAAUGAGAGGCUUGGCUGUUGGAGGUUCCUUCCUGCUCUGGCAUUCUACACAGUGCACUAGAGGUGACGGGGAGCUCACUACCUUACAUGCAGCCUGAUGUUCGUCAAAGUGUCUCCUUUGUUUUUUUGUUUGUUGUUUUUUUAAAGUAUCUCCUUUGUACUGAGCCCAACACUAUUGCUUUAGCUGCCAGAGUCACCCCACCCUCACCCCCAGACACCCAGUUUAAAAGUGGGGACACAGCUUCAGGGAGGAAAGGGGACUUGCUAAGGUCAGCAGUGAAUGGCAGAGCCUGAACUAGCCCUCUGGACUUUGCCUUCAGGAGCCUUCAUAACAAAAUAUAAGAAUUAAAAAUAGCCGUUUAGUGCCAGGCAACAUGCCAAGUGCUGUAUACCCACUGUGUCAGCCCUAGUAGGCAGGUCCAGUCAUCCCCGUGCUACAGUUGGGAAGCAGGCCCACAGCGAGGAAGUCCUGGAGCCAGGUCUGGCUGCAGAGCUCCAGCCCCAGGGGAUGCCAUCUCAUGUACAGCAUGGCACCUAUUCAAAUGUCGGCUCUAAUCCACUUUGAGCAUCGUCUCAGAAAACCCAAUUUAAAAAUUAAGCAGCAGAGAAAAUACAUUUGUGUGAGUGGUGGAGGGGCAGUUGGAUUGAAGUGCAACUGACUGGAGGCAGGAGUCACUGUUCUCUCCUCGGGAUCUUACAAGAAAGAGACCCAGGUUGUCAGCUGAGGCUGACGGGACAGAAAUAACGGCUUGGGGGGGGGGGAGGGGGGCUGGGAUGGAGAAUUAGAUAGAGACACCUCCCGUCUCUUCCCUGCAUUUAAACCCACCCUCCCAGGCUCAGGGAAGCUGGAGAAAGGCCACUGUCCUUGCUCCCCCAAACCCCUUCUCCAGCUUAACCCGGGGACGGAGGAAGCAGAGCAGAAAGCAGGUAGCAGGAAAGCCCACACCCCACCCAUAUUAACUGAGCACCUACUAUGCCAGGUACUGUGCCGGGUGCUGAGGAAACAGUGAGAUGAGGUUGUUUACCUCCUGGAUCUUACAGUUAGUGGGGGAAAGACAGACAUGAAACAAAAGGAAAAAUUGCCAACACUGAUGGGUGCUGUGCACCUGAGAAAGACACCUACUAAGAAGGGCUCCUAGUGGCUAACUGGACUCAAAUAAAAAAAAAAAUAACAGAACCUAGCAGCAGUUUCUACACAGGGGUCUCUCAUGUCAACUUCAAGGAGAAGCCUGCAUUGGACUGCCUGCCUGCCUGCACCGUGCUGCUGCCAUGUGAGCCUGGAAUCCCAUUUCAACCAAUAGGACUGAGGUUUUCCCCACCCAAUUGGAGCUGGGCAGCUCCACACAGCUCUAUCCUGACCAAUCAGGACAGUGCCUUUUUGGGCCAAUCAAACUUUGAGUCCUCAUUUGCAUGAGGACAGACCAAUCAGGGACUAAGGGCAGAAACUUCCGACAUAUAAGCCAGCUCUGGGAAGGCACUCUGCCUUUCCACUGAGGACUGAGUCUCCCUGGCUGAGCUGAGACGCUGACGAUGCCUCACUCGAGUGGAGAGGAGCAGACAAGCACAGGCCAGAGCAGACUGGAGCAAAGUGGAGCUGGCCAGCACCCCAGGGAGCAGAGCAUCAAGGAGCAGAGCAGAGCUGUCCAGCCGGGGAGGGGCCUGGCUCCGGGGCUGCCUCACAGUUAUGCUGUUUCCACAGCCGUGCUGUAUCCUAACUGAGCUGUGUGCACUGAAUAAAGUCUCCUUCUUCACCACA